AGUCGGGUGGCGACCGAUCUCGUGGGCCCAGCUAGUCCGUAUUGUUGGCCGCACCUAAUGGUUCUUGUCCGGGCCGUGUAGUGGAAAGGCGUAAUCACCUGUGACUAACGCAAUUAGCAUAAUCAUUUCCACGCGGCGUGACACCUUUGCAGUGACUUUGUGCGCGAGACGAAUGCGAAAGUGAGCGGAAGGACCACUGGAGGAGCUGCGAGACCGGCUGUGUGCGCCCGGCGGUGCCCGGAGUUCGGCACCAUUCUGAGCGCGCAGCACCCCGGGUCUGGGUCGCAAUGGGCCCAGACCUGCGUCACCUCCAUCGACGACAUGCCUCACAAGGGUCAGUGGCCGGACGGGGCCGCCGACGCCGGUCACAGCGGUGUGAACCAGCUGGGCGGCGCGUUCGUCAGCGGUCGGCCGCUGCCGGACACCACGCGCCAGAAGAUCGUCGAGCUGGCCCACUCGGGGGUACGGCCGUGCGACAUCAGCCGCAUCCUGCAGGUCUCCAACGGCUGCGUCUCCAAAAUACUCGGCAGGUAUUACGAGACGGGCUCUAUCCGUCCGCGGGCCAUUGGCGGCUCCAAACCUCGCGUGGCCACAAGUGAGGUGGUGGAGCGCGUCACCGCCUACAAACGCGAGUGUCCCAGCAUCUUCGCAUGGGAGAUCCGCGACCGGUUACUGCAGGAGGGCGUCUGCUCGGCCGAGAACAUACCCAGCGUGUCUUCCAUCAACCGCGUGCUGCGUAAUAUCGUGGCCAGCAAGGAGCAGACCAUGACGCCCGCCUCGGCGCCCUGCAGUCAGCCGGACCCCGUCUACGACAAACUGCGCGCGCUGAACAGUCCUGCUGGCUGGCCGCGGCCUGACUCGUGGUACCGACCUGCCGCUGACGCCGGCGGCGGGGGCGGGGGCGGCGGCCAGUACCCGCUGGCGGCGCCGGCCGAGUCGCCGCCGGUCGGUCAGCAGCCGCCGGUGGUCACCUCUCACCUGAGGGACGACCUGAAGAGCGAGAUCGGUCUGGAGUCUCACGACGGUUCGGCCACCUCGUCCCCGACGCCGGGCGCGAACGACGGAGAUGACGAACAGGCGCGGGUGCGACUCAAACGAAAACUGCAGCGGAACCGCACCUCCUUCACCAACGACCAGGUCGAGAGCCUCGAGAAAGAGUUCGAGAGGACGCACUAUCCAGACGUCUUCGCUCGUGAGCGACUCGCCGCCAAAAUCGGACUCCCCGAGGCCAGAAUACAGGUGUGGUUCUCAAACCGGCGGGCCAAGUGGCGGCGGGAGGAGAAGCUGCGCUCGUCGCGGCGGGUUCCGGAGCCGGCACCCAGCGCGUCCCCUGUGGGCCAGCCGAGCGGCGCCGGGGGCGCAGGGGCCUUCUCUGGCUCCCUGUACCCGCCGCCGCUGCCGACCGGCUCCAUGGCAGACUCCUACUGCCCAUCUACCGUGAACCCGAUGAGUUACGUGUCCCAGCAGCGGCCGGUAGGCGGCAGCACCUGUCUGCAGAGCCAGCGGGACUACGGCGGAUACAUGGCCCGCUCGGCCUACGACCCGCUGGCCUUCUCCUACGGCCGCUCCAGCCCGUGUCAGGGCGCCGGGGGACAGUACCAGCUGAACGGACAGUACGGAGUGCCCGGGGUGCCCGGAGUGCCGGGAGUGCCCGGCGUCACAGGAGUGCCCGGGGUGCCCACCACCACACCAGCCGUCAGCUCGCACGGAGGAAGUGGUCUGUUCUCGCCGGGUGUGUCCGUUCCUCUGGCGGUGCCCGGUCAGAUGCCCGACGUCAGCUCCCCCUACUGGACCCGGCUGCAGUGACCUCGCCGUGACCUCGGGUGACCUCACCGUGACCUCAGCCGACCUCACCGUGACCUUGGCUGACCUCACAGUGACCUCGGCCGACCUCACCGCGACCUUGGCCGUGGGGACCUCAGCUGACCUCAUCGUGACUUCGACCGAUCUCGGCUGCAACAUCGGAUGGCCUCACUGUGACCUAGGCUAACCUCACGGUGACCUCGGCUAACCUCACGGUGACCUCGGCUAACCUCACGGUGACCUAGGCUAACCUCAAGGUGACCUCGGCUGACACCAAGGUGACCUCAGCUGACCUCACCGUGACUUCGACCGAUCUCGGCUGCAACAUCGGAUGGCAAGCGACGGGAGCGCUAAGUACAGCAGUGACCUCUGGCGGCGAGCGGGGCCGGCUGUAGUUCGGCACCACUACCGACUGAAACAGAGGUCCCGCCGAUCAGCAGCUCGACUUCAGGGCUCCACGUCGAUAGCCCAGGUCUGCCUAAGAUCUAUCCGAGCAGAUAUAGCGAAAUAACUUCUGCAUUGGUGCAGAAGUCAAAUCUACAUCGCUGAUCUACGAACGACUAGUGAAGACAACAAAUACUCGAUAAGACCGAAUGACAGUGUGAGAGGGUGCGAGUUUGAGAGUGUCUGUGAGUCCCGUAUGUAUGAGUGGUGUGUUAUCUGUGUUCUACGCGUGUGCUAUGAAGGUGAUAGCAAUAUGUGAGCGCGAGAGUCGAAGUCACGAUGCCGCCCGCCCGUCAAACUUUCGAGUGGUGAGCGGGCUUCGGUACACUGCAACAUGUAGUUGAACAAGUCGUGACUGCUGCGCUAGUAAGAUAACGAGCAUAACACUCAGCGAGCAUAAAAAUAUCGGCGCGAGUGUUGGUCAAAACUGCAGAUCACUGUAUAACCUGUGUAAUGUGAUGCGUCUAGUGUGAGAUGAUGUAAUGUUACCUUCACAAUUAUGCUUUUGUUGUGUUGCUGUUGUCUUGCACACUUUUGUUCCGGUAACACCUAGCUGGUUCUUUUCCUGACCUACAUUUGUGUUACACUUUGAACUUAUAUCAACGUCUAAAAAUUAUGAGCAGUUAACAUGCGUGCAUAAUCAGACAUUCCCAUACCCUUGGUGGUCGUUUUAGUUCCAUUUGGCGUGCACAUCAGUGUGGAGUAUCUGCUGUAAAUAGGUGUAUACUGUAUAGGCGCGAGUGUAUCGUCCAAAGUGUAGCACGUCCGUCGGUGGAGGUUCUAUGGACGCUGUGGAUAUCGAGGAAGCUGCACUGAUGAGUCCACUGCACGUACCGGUCAGUUAAUACACAUAUGUGAAGAAUA